AAAUCUUUUGCCCACACUGGAAGCUUAAAAACACACCAACUCAUCCACAGUGGAGUUAAAGCAUACACCUGUGACUUGUGUGGGAAAUCUUUUGCCCAACCUCGAAACUUAAAAGCACACCAGUUUGUCCACAGUGGAGUUAAACCGUUCACCUGUGAUCAGUGUGGUAAAACUUUUGCUCGCAGUAGCCAGUUACAGUGUCAUCAGGUUACCCACUCUGGAAUUAAGGCAUACAGCUGUGACAUUUGUGGAAAAACUUUCAGUCGUGUAGAGACCCGAAAUAAACACCUCCGCAUUCACACUGGACAUGACGUUUGGUGCUGUGAUCAGUGUGGCAAACUGUUUACAACACAUGCACGGUUACAAAACCACAAGUUUACCCACACUGAGGAGAGACCUUAUAAAUGUGACCUGUGUGAGAAGACUUUUAAAUCUCCACGUUACCUGAAAGAACACCAACAGAUCCACACCAGGAAGAAACUCUGCAAGUGCAGUUACUGUGAGAAGCAGAGCGACACAGAUGGAUCCAGUUCUCAAGCCUGUCGUCACUGUGGUGGUGGGAAAGACUUUCGAUGUGACCUUUGUGGAAAAACUUUCACUCAGCAACGAAACCUAAAAAUACAUCAACGUAGACACACUGGAGACAAAAUGAACUACUGCAAAGAAUGUGGGAAAGGCUUCCCCACGUUAGGUGAUUUAAAAAAACACGAACUCUUCCACAGUGGUGUUAAAAAGCACAUCUGCGACCAAUGUGGGUCAUCCUUCACCACUGCAGGUGAGCUUAAAUGUCAUAAACGAGUCCACACAGGAGAGAAACCAUACAAGUGCAGACACUGUGACAGAAGCUUUUCACAUCCAGGGUCUCGUAACAAACAUGAAAAUAGACACAUGGAAGAGAACUUCAGCUGUGACCAGUGUGACAAGAGUUUUAGGAAUCUCACUACAUACUCCGAUCACAAACGAUCCCAUGUUUCAAAUAAACUCUUUCACUGUUACCAAUGUGUAAAAACGUUCACUUCAUUAUCUGCUCUGUGCAAACAUCAGCGUCAUCAUGAAAUCACUCCCAUCUCUGGAUCACAAUGAAUCUGAAGAUCCUCUUCUGGUUUCUGGGUCAGACUUAAAAUCAGAUCAGGCUCCACAGAGUUCAGCUGGAAUCUGCUGCAAAAAGUGUCAGCUGAUGCCAGACUUGGAUCUGAUGAUGUAGCUUUGAUUUCUGGACCUGCAGGAAGUAAUCCUGAAUGUUUAAUUUGGGAAGGUGUAAGUAAAGAUAUGCACAUCAAUUUUCUUUCUUUUAAUUUUGCAUAAAUAAGAUAAGAUAACCUUUAUUUGUCCCACGCGUGGGAAAUUUUAUUGCUCUAAAAUGUUAUCCCUCUUACAUUCAAAUAAUUUUCCUUCAGGAAACAGUGUUUAGCAGUAGUGCUUGUAAUAUAAAUCUAUAGAAAUAUAUUUUACAUCCAGUUACUAUUACAGCAAAAGUUCAAACUUCAUGUUUAAAGAAGAACACUGCAAUGAUCUAAUAAGUUCAAUAUUUUUCUAGUUUUAUAUUUUCA